CGCCGGAAGGGGCGGGGCCUGUAUGCGCCUGCGCAGUGGGCGGCCCCGGCAGACCGUCAGCUGACUGGGCGGCCUCGCGGGACAACUGUCGGCGUCGCGUCUCCGCGGCAGCUCCGGCUCCGCCAUGGCGACCACCGUCAGCACGCAGCGCGGCCCGGUGCUGGUCGGCGAGCUCCCGCAGGACUUUCUCCGCAUCGCGCCCGCGCAGCAGCCGCAGCAGCAGGCCCAGCAGGACGCGCAGGCGGCUCGGCAGCUGCAGGGCGGAGGCCCGCCGGGCACCGUGGGCCGGCUCAGCAUCACCGUGGUGCAGGCCAAGCUGGCGAAGAACUACGGCAUGACGCGCAUGGACCCCUACUGCCGCCUGCGCCUGGGCUACGCCGUGUACGAGACGCCCACCGCGCACAACGGCGCCCGCAACCCGCGCUGGAACAAGGUCAUCCAGUGCACCGUGCCGCCCGGCGUGGACUCCUUCUACCUGGAGAUCUUCGACGAGCGGGCCUUCUCCAUGGACGACCGCAUCGCCUGGACGCACGUGGCCAUCCCCGAGUCCCUGCGGCAGGGCAAGGUGGAGGACGCGUGGUACAGCCUGAGCGGCAGGCAGGGCGACGACAAGGAGGGCAUGAUCAACCUGGUGCUGUCCUACACGUCGCUGCCUGCCGCCAUGAUGAUGCCGCCCCAGCCUGUGGUGCUGAUGCCCACCGUGUACCAGCAGGGCGUCGGCUACGUGCCCAUCCCAGGGAUGCCCCCCGUCUGCGGCCCGGGCAUGGUGCCUAUGGCCGUGCCCCCCACCGCAAGCGGCCCGCCCCGCAGCCAGGAGGAGGACCUGAAGGCGCUCCAGGACGUGUUCCCCGGCAUGGACCGCGAGGUGAUCCGCUCCGUGCUGGAGGCGCAGCGGGGGGACCGCGACGCCGCCCUCAACUCCCUGCUGCAGAUGGCCGAGGAGUCCUAGAGCCGCCCGGGGUCGGGGUGCGUGUGGGUCUCUGCGCCGGGGCGGGGAAGGUGGCGCAGAGAGCGGGCCCCUGCCCCCAGCACGCCCUCCCCACCCGCCCCCCCACC